GAGACAAUAAGUUGGAAGAUACUUUCCUUCCACAGUGAUUCCUAUAUAUCCUACAACUAGUAUCAAAUAGUGAUUCUUCUCCUCCAUAUUUCCAAAAGCCAGAGAUGAAAAUGCCUCCUUUCCUUCAUUCUUUUCCUCCUCGCUCAUUCUUCUUCUGUUUCCUCCUUCUUCCACUUUUGCUCUUUCUCUUGCUCCUGGUAGCACCUUCUUCUUCUUCUUCCUCCUCUUCCUCCUCUCAUGAAAACAAGGUAACCAUGUCACUCUACUACGAAAGUUUAUGCCCCUACUGUGCUGAUUUCAUAGUGAACAAUCUUGUGAGGCUCUUCCAAACGGGUCUCAUUUCAAGUGUAAAUCUCAGAAUGGUUCCUUGGGGCAACGCUUGGAUUGCACAUGAUGGCACUGUGGUUUGUCAGCAUGGAGAUGAUGAAUGCUUCAUAAACACGAUCGAGGCCUGCGCAAUUACAAUAUAUCCUGAUGUGGAAAAGCAUUUCAGAUUUGUACACUGCUUGGAGCGUCUCACCUUAGAGGGGAGGCAUAAUGAAUGGAUGAAUUGCUUCCACAUGACUGGAUUGGGCACAUUACCUGUUGACUGCUAUAGAAGUGGCAAGGGAAAAAAUAUUGAACUAAAGUAUGCUACGGAAACUGCUCAGCUGAACCCUCCCCUCAGAUUUGUUCCAUGGGUGGUUGUCAACAACCAAGCACUCCAAGAGGACUACGAAAAUUUUGUGACAUAUAUUUGCAGGGCAUACAAGAGCCAUUCGAAACCAGAUGCUUGUACAUCACUUUCAACAAGAACCUCUGACUCAAAUGAGAAAAUCAAUUCCUCUCAACCUGCUUGCUAUGCAAAUGAAGCAAGAAAUGUGACCUUACCAUUAAUCACAAGACUUAGGAGUAAAUCCCCUUGAAAAUGAAGUUGGAAUAUAAUUUUGGUAUGACUUAUGUGGCUGCUGUAUGAAAACAAACUUCAAGCUGCUGGCUAAUCUAAUAUUGCAAUGUGUGUGACUUGCCUAGAAAUGUGGAAGUGUAAUCAUGAUUGAACUUGUUGAUUUUCUCCUCCAAUAAGAAAAGUGAGUUGGAAUA